UGAAAGUUGUAAAGAGGAAAGUAGUAUAGAAGAAAGAAAAUCAACAUGGGAGUUCCAUCAUUUUUCCGAUGGUUAGUUCAAAGAUAUCCAAAGAUAGUAUCUGAUGCUAAUUCAGAUGAAAAUCACCAUGGCUUAGAGUUCGAUAAUCUGUACCUUGACAUGAAUGGAAUCAUUCAUCCCUGUUUCCAUCCAGAAGAUAUGUUGUUUCCUCCGACUACAUUUGAAGAUGUGUUCUCCAACAUCUACGAGUAUAUCGACCAACUCUUCAACAUCGUUAAACCCCGUAAACUUUUGUACAUGGCCAUAGAUGGGGUGGCUCCCCGAGCCAAGAUGAAUCAACAAAGAGCAAGACGGUUUCGAACCGCAAAGGAUAAUGAAGCUGCUGAAGAGGUGGAAACGAAGCUGAGGAAAAAAUUUGAAAGGGAAGGCAAGAAGGUUUUGCCUCGAGAAGAAUCAGAAUUGUCUGAUUCCAAUAUUAUCACUCCAGGCACAGAAUUUAUGUACUUAUUGUCUAAGAAACUGCAAAACUAUAUUAAGCGCCGGAUGACUAAUGAUUCGCGCUGGAGCAAAAUCAAGGUGAUUCUCUCGGAUGCAAAUGUUCCUAGCGAAGGGGAACAUAAGAUAAUGUCUUUCAUUCGUGCUCAGCGCAGCAGUGAAGGUUAUGAUCCGAAUACUCAGCAUUGUCUAUAUGGCCUGGACGCGGAUUUAAUCAUGCUUGCUUUGGCAACGCAUGAGGUGCAUUUUUCGAUAUUGAGAGAGGAUGUUCUCGUUCACGAGGAAAUAUUAAAUGGAGUGUCAGAACUUGAACGUAGUGCCCGCAAAGCAGAAUCAUAUUCAGGAAAGUGUAGGGGAUGGUUUAAGCAGGUUGUAGACAAGUCAGAAUCAGUGCCAAAGCCCGCUUCCUGCCACAUUGAGGUAGUAUCAGCGUCAGAGAAAUCAGACAGAUGCAGUGAAGCGAGCAAAAAAUUAAAUAGAAGAUUGCCUGUGAUGAAAAAACCUUUUCAGUAUUUGCAUAUCUGGCUCCUCAGGGAGUACCUGCAUAUCGAUCUGAACAUAAGCGAUCCUCCUGAGAAUCUGAACAUAGAUUUGGAGCGUAUAAUCGAUGACUUCAUAUUCAUCUGUUUCUUCACUGGCAAUGACUUCUUACCGCACAUGCCCACUCUAGAAAUCCAUGAGGGUGCAAUUGAUUUACUGAUGUAUGUUUAUAAGAAAGAGAUGAAGAAUCUUGGUGGAUACUUGGUUGAUACACAUUUGAUUGAGGACAAGAAAGGCAGAUAUAUAAAAUUGAAAAGGGUUGAGAAAUUUAUACUUUCAGUGGGUGAGUAUGAAGAAAAAAUAUUCAAGAAAAGAUUAGAAAUCAAGGAAAGAAAGCUCAGGAGGAUCCAAUCAGAACUUUUGAAUGCUCAGGACACUGAAGAUGAUGGAUGUAUUGAAGCAAAUUUGUGGAGCAGCUUAGGAAAUACCGAUAAUGCAUUUCAGGAUAGAAAAAUGUCGGAGAUUGUGGAUUCUACAAGUGGUUUAGAUGAAAAAGAUAUUUCUUUAACUGAUUAUUCUGAAGUUCUGAACAAUACAAAAGAGUUAAUGCAAGAGUUGAAAGAUCGCAUCCAGCACCAGUCAGAUACAUUCAGAAAUGGUGGCCUUUUUUCAGAUAAGGUAAAACUGGGUGUUCAAGGAUGGAAAAAGAGAUACUAUGAAGUUAAAUUUUCUGCAAAAACAGAUGAGGUGGAACAGAGACGUAGAUCGUUGGUAGCGAAGUACACUGAAGGACUGUGUUGGGUCCUAAAGUACUACUUUUCUGGAGUUCCAUCAUGGACUUGGUUUUAUCCAUUUCAUUAUGGUCCAUUUGCUUCGGACCUAAAAGGCCUUACUCAAGUGAAUGUGAAAUUUCAAAAAGGUCUACCUCUGAAACCUUUUGAUCAGCUCUUGGCUGUCCUCCCUCCAAAAAGUUGCCACGCUCUUCCUGAAGCAUACAAGAGACUUAUGGUUGAUGCAGAUUCAAGUAUUCUUGAAUUUUAUCCAGCCCGUUUUGAGACGGAUGCAGAUGGAAAGCGCUUCAUGUGGCAGGCUAUAUGCAAGUUACCAUUCAUUCAAGAAGACCGCCUCCUAGUAGAGACUAAAAAGGCUGAAACAGAAUUAAAGGACCAUGAGAAAGAGAGGAAUGCUGAGACUGCUGAUCAAUUGUUCAUAGGGAGUUCAAGUGGUUUGGGUGAACAAAUUAGUUCAGUCUACAAAAAUUGCACAUCUUUCAUGCAGAAUGAUUAUAUCAAGAUCAAUGACAUGUUGAACGAUGGACUGAGUGGGUUCAUGCAUCUUUGUGAAGCAGAUCAAGAUGUCUUCUGUGCAUUCUACAAGCUUCCUUCGGACUAUGUGCCUAAAUGGCAUCUUGCGGAAGGAGUAAAUAUUCCAGAGGAGUCAAUAUCUGAAGCAGAUAUAGUGAAGAGAGAGCUUUGGCAUGAAUACAAUGGCAGCGCUCCCAACAGAGCAUUGGUAAAUAGGAACCAUGUUCAGAAAUCUAGCCUAAAGAACAAAGAACCUGCAGUCAUCAGCAAAUUUGCUGGCACUGGAUGGAGUGUUGGCAGAGGAAAACUUAACAACUCUACUACUCAAAGAGGGCCAGUUCCAGCUUUGAAGUCAUAUGCUCGUUGUGUAGGAAACAGUUCCUUUCCAUCAUCAAGUACCUCAACUUCUGCUAGCGGUCUUAACUGGAGGCCUGAAAAACUAUCAAAUACUUCUGCAUCAGAUAAUAGCUGGAGCAGAUGGCAAAAUACGGACAAGGACUCGUGGCAGUCUAGUUCUACAAGUAAUGCAAGUCCUGCUUGGAGGCAGAGCCAGCCAUUUUCUUGUGCAUCCCCUGGGCAGCAGGUUCAUGGGAGAGGCCAAUAUUUUCACAAGUCUUCUAAUUCUUCUGCAUCCCCUCGGCAACAGGUUCAUGGGAGAGGCCAAUAUGUUGACAAAUCUUCUCAUAGUGCUUGGAACACUGGAAGCAGAUACGGAAGGAACAAUGGUGAACGGUGGUAGUUGUUUCUUUUGAACCAUAUAAUAGGUGGACUGGAACGUUUUGAACUUUUGUCAUCUGACCUGUAGAACUCUGAAACCAAGAACUUAAGAGAUCAGUUAUAUUUUGCCAUCUACCAAAGUAAACUACCUGGUUGUUGUUCGUUUCUUGGGCAUGAAUUUUGUGAGGUUUAAGCUGAGGAAGGUGAAUCUUCUCUUCUGCAUUUGUAUCCAGAUUCUCUGAAGUUUGGCUGUUUCUGAGUUC